AAUGGAACUACAGCUUUACUUUACACUGCAUAUAAUACCUCACUUCUGUUGAACCGAAUUUGCUUUAAAUUAAAAAAAGCAAUUAGUUUUAAGUCGUUCUUUUUUUAGGUUCGAACCUAAAGCAGGUUUAAUAAGAGCGAGGGGAAAGCGGUUGAUGUUUGCAGGUAGUUGAAGUGCAGCGUGUGACAGGAUGUACCAUGCAGACGGAGCCACCACACUCAGGCCUCGCUAUGGAUCCAUUGUGGACGAUGAGAGGCUCACUGCAGAGGAAAUGGAUGAGAGGAGGCGGCAAAACAUCGCCUAUGAAUAUCUCUGUCACCUAGAGGAGGCCAAACAGUGGAUUGAGGCCUGUCUAGAGGAGGAACUUCCUUCCACCACAGAGCUCGAAGGGGGUCUGAGGAACGGCGUGUACCUCGGCAAACUUGCCAAGUUCUUCGCCCCCAAAAUGGUCUCUGACAAGAAGAUCUAUGAUCGGGACCAGGCUCGUUACAAGCGCACAGGGCUACACUUCAGACAUACGGACAACACAGUUCAGUGGCUCAGAGCUAUGGAGUCUAUAGGUCUACCAAAGAUAUUCUAUCCUGAAACAACUGACGUGUAUGAUCGCAAGAACAUGCCCAAGGUGAUCUACUGCAUUCAUGCACUCAGUUUAUACCUCUAUAAGUUGGGGAUUGCGCCCCAGAUCCAGGAUUUGCUCGGGAAAGUGGACUUCACAGAGGAGGAGAUCAGUAACAUGCGGAAAGAACUGGAGAAGUAUGGAAUACAGAUGCCGACCUUCAGCAAGAUUGGUGGCAUCCUGGCAAACGAACUGUCAGUGGAUGAAGCUGCGUUGCAUGCCGCUGUAAUAGCCAUUAACGAAGCUGUCGACAAGGGCCAGGCUGAGGCCACUUUUUCAGCUCUGAGGAACCCCAAUGCCAUGCUGAGGAACAUCCAGGGGAAUCUGGCUCAGGGCUACCAGGAUACUCUUAUCACAUCCAAGAAGAGAAAAGAGAUCCAAGCUUCUGGACGUCGCUCCUCCAUUGCGACUGAAGAGAGAGAUGUGUAUGAGGAGUUACUGACCCAGCAGGAGAUCCAAAACAGUUUGGACUUGGUUAACAUAUUUGCAGCUGUACAGCUGGUGGACCAAGCUAUUGAUGCCCAGGAUGAGAAGGCACUUCUCAAUGCCCUUAGACUACCUGCUCUAGGCAUGCUUAGCAUCUCAGAGGCCAACUCUCAGUGGUACCUGGAGCACUUUACAUCUUACAGAGAGCACAAAGCUAAGGAUGUUGGUGGUGCAGUUCAGCUGGAUAGGGAGGAGAUUCAGAGAGCCGUCAACACUUGCAAUGACUACGCUGAGGCAGAGAGACGAAAGCAGGAAUCUGUUGCUUCAAUCAACGCAGCCAUCCGUCUUGCUAUCCCAGAAAAGACAGUAGAGGAGCUUCAGAACCCUGAGGCCCAGCUGCCUCUGGUCUACCCUACUGCUGCCAACCUGUACCAGUCUGAACUCUCCAGCCUACAAAACAGCUCAAAGGCUGGUCUGAGCCACGAGGAGCUUUGUGUCUCUGUUGAGAUGCUGUCUGCAGUAGCUGUCUUAAACGAAUUGCUGGACACGAAGGAUUCUGUGGCCGUCAGUGAGCAACUAUCUGAUUCUCCACUCGGAUUCAGCAACAUCGACCAUGAGAAUCUGCAGCGGUAUUCUGACACUUUAAUAAAGCUCAGAGCAGAGUCUGUAGCUCAGGGACAGGAGUUUCUCACCUGGAAUGAUGUACAGAAGUGCAUUGACACUGUGAACUUUCAGGUUCAUGAAGAAAAUGAAAGAGUCAUUGCCAUUGCAGAAAUUAAUGAAGCCCUGAACUCAGGAGAUCCAGACAAGACUCUUUCAGCUUUGCUUUUACCUACAGCCAAACUACAGGGAGUAAAUCCAGCCACAGCCAAACACUACCAUGAUCUGCUGCUGCACACCAAAGAUCUUAUCUGCAAGAGAUCAGGAGAUGAAUCUGCUGUCCUGUGGCUGGAUCAGAUCCAAGAGGCAAUUUAUUCUGCCAAUGAAGACCAGGAGGAUUCUCAUAAAAUGGCCGAGGCGGUGGCGGAUAUUAACCGAGCAGUAGCAGCAGGAGAUGAGGAGGAAACUCUGGCUGCCCUGCAGAGUCCAUGUGCAGCACUCAGAGGGGUGCUGGCUGAAUGUGCGAACGUAUAUCAGACUGAAUUAGGUCAGCUGCAAACUCAACACACACAGCAAGGUAACAAUGGUAGUUUUUGGGUGAAGCACAGAAUCAAGGACAAAUACGACUAUUUCUACAAUGUGGAAACCAAAGAGGGAAUGUGGAUGGAACCUGAGGAUUUUGUGCAUGACAGUACACAGCUCACAAGAGAAGAGAUUCAGAGUGUUGUGAGCAGGAUUACAGCAGAGUACAGCCGGGAACAGCUGUGGAUGGCCAAUGAGCUACUCGUCAUAAAGCUGCAGGCUCAGAUCCGUGGAUAUCUGGUCAGGCAAGCUUACAAUGAAAGAUUGGAGUAUUUUAGGAGAAAUGAGCCAAGUGUAGUUAGACUCCAGGCAUCGUGGAAGGGCUACAAACAAAAGAAAGUCUACAGAGACAGACUACAUACAUUACAAAACAACGUACAGAAUAUCGUCAAGUUACAGUCUUUCGUGAAAAUGUGGAGAACCAGGCAAGCUUACAGGAAGAGACUGCAGUAUUUUAAAGACCAUGAAAAAGAGAUUAUAACGAUUCAGGCUUUUCUGAAAGCAAACAAAGCCAGAGAUGAUUACAAAACCCUCACGGGUGCUCAGGACCCUCCACUCUCGGUGGUGCGUAAGUUCGCUCAUCUCCUGGAACAGAGCAACCUCGACCUGCAGGAAGAGCUGGACGUGACACGGCUCAGAGAGGAAGUGGUAACUAAGAUUCGUGACAAUCAGCAAAUGGAGAAAGACUUGAACCUGAUGGACAUUAAGAUCGGCCUGUUGGUUAAGAAUAGAAUUACUCUUCAGGACGUGGUGUCACUGAGUAAAAAGAUGAAAACCAAAAAGAACAAAAUGACGGGAGAGGAUCUGAUCGUAGUAGACAAACAGGGCAUCAAAGGCCUGAGCAAAGAGAAGAGAGGCAGACUGGAGGCAUACCAGCACCUCUUCUACCUUUUACAGACAAAUCCAUCAUAUUUGGCCAAGCUCAUUUUCCAGAUGCCUCAGAACAAGUCCACUAAGUUUAUGGACACUGUGAUCUUUACACUGUAUAACUACGCUUCCAACCAGCGUGAGGAGUACCUGCUUCUCAAACUGUUUGAAUCUGCUCUCAAAGAAGAGAUAAAGUCAAAGGUGGACCAGAUUCAGGAUAUCGUGACUGGAAAUCCUACAGUCAUUAAGAUGGUGGUGAGCUUUAACAGAGGGGCUCGGGGUCAGAACGCUCUGAGGCAGCUCCUCUCGCCGGUGGUGAAAGACAUUAUUGCGGAUAAGAGCCUGGGCAUAAACACCAACCCCAUAGACAUCUACAAGGCCUGGGUCAACCAGGUAGAGUCGGCUUCUGGAGAGGCCAGUAAGCUGCCAUAUGAGGUAACAGUGGAACAGGCUCUGUCUCAUGAAGAAGUCAGGACUAGACUGGAAUCAUCCAAUCAAACACUGCGCACCGUCACAGACAAAGUGCUCAGCUCCAUCAUGUCAUCAUUAGACACGAUCCCCUAUGGCAUGAGGUACAUGGCUAAGGUACUGAAGGAUACACUUCAUGAGAAAUUCCCCGAUUCAUCUGAUGAUGAUCUACUAAAGAUUGUUGGAAACCUGCUUUAUUACCGGUACAUGAAUCCGGCUAUCGUGGCUCCAGACGGGUUCGACAUCAUAGACAUGACGGCAGGAGGGCAGCUGCAUUCAGAACAGAGGAGGAAUUUGGGCUCUGUGGCGAAGAUGCUGCAGCACGCCGCCGCCAACAAACUGUUUGAGGGCGAGAGUGACCAUCUCACACCCAUGAACAACUACAUCUCCUCUACCUAUCAGAAAUUCAAAGCAUUCUUCCAGGCUGCCUGUGAUGUCCCAGCUCCAGAAGAGAAGUUUAACGUGGAUGAGUAUUCUGAUAUGGUGACACUCAGCAAACCAGUCAUCUAUAUCUCUGUAGAGGAGAUCAUCAACACUCAUUCACUUGUGUUGGAGCAUAAGGAGGCCAUUGCACCAGAGAGUAAUGAUCUACUGCAUGAGCUCCUGGAUGACCUGGGAGAUGUUCCUGACCUGGAAUUACUUGUGGGUGAAGGUGCUGUGGAUCCAAAAGAUCCCAACAAAGAGAACACACUGAGUCAGCUGGCCAAAACUGAGAUCUCCCUCACACUCACCAACAAGUUUGAGCUGAUGGAUGGUGAUGACAUAAACAUGAAGGGACUGCUGACGAAAACAAAGAAACUGAUAGUGGAUGUGGUCAGAAUCCAGCCUGGAGAUACACUCAUAGAUAUUUUAGAGACUUCAGCCACCCCUCAACAGGAGUUGGAGCAUGCCAAACUGGUAGAGCGGCGGACGGCGCAGGAUGCUACCGCUCCCGAAGGACUUAAGAGCAGCCAGGCCGCGCUGGAGGACACGCAGCUGCCUCUGGAGCAGAAAAAACGCAAGAUCAUUAGGAAUCUGCGCACUUUAGAACAGGCUGGCUUGGUCAACUCCUCCAACAAGUACCAGCAGCUUAUUAAUGACAUCUCUAAGGACAUUCGCUACCAGAGGCGCUACAGGCAAAGGAGGAAAGCCGAACUGGUAAAGCUCCAACAGACCCUAAAUGCCCUCAACUCUAAGGCAGCUUUCUACCAGGACCAAAUCAACUACUAUGACACCUACAUCAAAACCUGCCUUGACAACCUCAACAGAAAGAACUCUCGCCGAUCAAUCAAACUAGACCGAAAGGAAGAAGGUAAAGCAAGUAAGAAGUCCAAACAGCAGUCUUUGAAGUACACUGGUGCCAGGCUUCAUGAGAAAGGAGUCAUUCUGGAGAUUGAAGGCCUCCAGACCAAUCAGCUGAAAAAUGUCAUGUUCGACAUCGCACCCUGUGAGGAAGUUGGCGACUUCGAGAUAAAAGCCAAAUUUUUGGGAGUUGAAAUGGAAAAGUUUCAACUCCAUUUCCAGGAUCUGCUGCAGUUACAGUAUGACGGAGUUGCUGUCAUGAAAAUGUUUGACAAAGCCAAAGUCAACGUCAACCUCUUGAUUUUCCUACUGAACAAGAAGUUUUACGGAAAGUGAUUUGACACCUUUGAUGAGACAACACGGGAUUAUGAACUAUCUGAGCUGUUUUUUUGGGAUAAUGUUGAUUGAUUUAAUGCACAAUAUGAGAAAAAGCCUUUGGUUUAAGCCAUUAUAUAUAAGCAAAAAGCAACAGAAACAGAACAUUUAAAGGCAGUUGUUCUUGGGAUUGGGUAUUUAAUAAUAAGCUACAUUAACAUGAAUUGAAACGUUCUGGCUGUGCAUUUCCGCAGUUACCAUACUCUGGUAUGAAUCAGAACCGUAAUGAAAUUGUACCUGGAAGUUUAGCAGAACUUUUCUGAUCAAUCACCUGACUGACAAAUCUAAAAUCUAUUUUUAAAGGUAUUAUAAUUAUAGUAUAUAUAUUUUAUAUGUAGGUAGUAUGUUUGUGAAGUACUGUUUUAUAUCAUGUAAAAAUAUGGAAAAUAAGUUUUUAAAUUAAUUUUACAAUGCACUACUGCCUCAUGCUUCUAGAAGAUUCUAUAAGAGAAGCCAAAAAAAGGGAAAACCAGACAAAUCUGAAUGUGGUGCCUUCUAAUUCUCAGUGAUCAAGCUGUGUGCCUUUUAUGAAUGAUCUGAUUUGGUAGAGCUCCUAAUAUGAUGCGCUGUCAGUGUGACUGUUUCUCGGAAAUUAAUAAACCACCAGGUAUCUU